GACUGGGGGAUAAUUGGACACAAAGGGCACAGCAGUCGGGGCCGAAGCGGGAUGUCGAUGCAGACCGGCGCAGCGCUAGAAGAUGUCGUUUCCGCUGUCACAGCGAUACCCAGAGAGGUUUUGCAUGAUUAUCGAGAAAGCGAGAGCCUCACAACGGAGGAGAAGAUGCGGUAGGCAGAUGGCCGGGAGACGAUGUGGGGCGAGGAUCUCUCAUACUGCCUGCUUGGUAUCAUGGGGGUCAGCAUGAACGUUCGCUACGGGGACGGCGCCAACAAGACGAGGGAGCGACUGCUGCAGAAGAUAGCGAAGCUUAAGGGGACAGCAGCGCCUGGCGAGUUCUCCGUUCCUUUCAGCCUGCACGGUAUGCCGACGACGGAAUAUUUCGUGCCUCGCAAAGUCGAGAUGCAGCAUCUCACCGAGUUUUUCGCAAGUACAUCGACACGGACGGCACAGCAGCGGGUGUUUGUGGUGUUCGGCACGGGCGGGAUGGGUAAGACGCAGCUGUGCGCCAAGUUCGCAGAGACGAGUGCGGAGCGGUUCAGUGCGGUGUUCUGGCUGGACGGGUCGUCCAAAGAUGCUCUGCAGCGAUCGAUGGCCAGCGCAGGCUCGCGGGUGUCGACGCGUCCGAAUGCAUCGCCGGCAACAAUGGACGUCGCGCAAUUGGUCGACGACUUUCGGCAAUGGCUGUCGCUUUCGGGCAAUGCGCACUGGCUGAUAGUAAUCGACAACAUCGACCGCGACUGGCAUGGCAAGACGAAGGACGAACAGGCGUACGACUAUCACGAAUUUCUACCGCACGCUCAUCACGGAAACAUCUUGAUUACGACACGUCUUAGACGACUGCAACGGCCGAACGCCAGCCUUCAUUUAGGCACUGCCGACGAUGAGCUCGCGAAAGAGAUGGUCGAAACACGCGCAAAUAAAGCGGUAACGAACAUCGAUCAAUUGCUGCCCAAGCUCGGCGGUCUGCCGCUUGCCCUUGCCCAAGCCGGAGCAUAUCUCGGCACGACUGGGAUGAGUGUCGCGGACUAUCUCGAGCAUUACGACGCGACGUGGGCCGAGCUAAUGCAGAAGCAAGAUCAGUUUCCACUGCAAGAAUACGGCGAACGGAGCGUGCUAACGACGUGGACGAUGUCGUAUGAGCAAGUAAAGGGGGUGGAUCCACUAGCAGCACAGCUGCUUAACCUCUGGGCCUUCCUCUAUCACGGCGACGUGUGGGCGGAGCUAGUACUGACCGGGCAGGGUGACGAGGUAUAGCGCAGGCCUCACGAAGACGUAUUCUUUGGGCCAGUGACGAAGCUUUCCCUCCAGCACUCGAUCGGAACUCUCGUCCAAUACUCGAUGGUGAAUGUGAGCGCCGCGGAUCGAGCGCCUACGAUUCAUCCGGUCGUGCAUACAUGGUGUCUGCACAGCUUAGAAAGAUCGACC